AUGGUAAUCGAUCAAAAGCAUUCAUCUGAUAGUGCACUCAGUAAGCAGGAAGUUAUCAGACAUAUAGAGAAAAUAGCCAAGUUAUUUGGACUGGACAAACAGAAUGCAGGAGCAUAUAAAGCACUCUCUGGACAAAUUUGGGCAUUAGAAAAAAGACUGGAAGAUUAUCAUUUCGAAUAUGUAAAGCUUAAAAAGAAGGUCAAUUUAUUGGAAGCUGAAUUGGAUGAUCUGGACGAAUGUGUUGAUAGGGAAGCUGUGGUCGACUUAAUACAUGAAAUAGUUUCUUUGCUGAUUGGUAAAAAAGGUAAAGCUUUGUUCGAGUCUUCUGAGGAUUCUGAUUUAGAUGAGAUAAUUGAGGGGUUCCAUAGGUAUCAGGUAAAAGAAAAAAAGGAUGUUCCUCAUAAGCAACUAAGGAAGGCACGAGCAAGAAAGGUUAAGCGAGUGGUAGUUUAA